UGAGUUCAAAUCUGAGCUCCCGCUCUGUUCCUCACAACCUCUCUUGACCGAUUGGCCAUGUUCCUCUCUUAGUUUCCAUUACUCUCACCAAAGAAACCAUGAAGUCAUCGUCUUCUUCGCUCUCCUCCUUCCGUUCCAACUCAUUCAGCAACAAGACUCAGGCUUUCCGGUGCAUAUCGGGAAUCCUCCGUGGAUUUCUCUGUUCCCGUGCCUCUCCUACUUACCCAUCUGAUCAAAUCUCAGAUUCCGACACGAAAUUACGUGAAUUCAGUUCCACAGAUACCGGAUACGACGAGCCUGGGCUUGUGGCCAGACUCAUGGGUUUAGAUUCAAUGCCAUCAACUGAUAGAACCCCAAUCGCCUCCAAAUCGAUCACCAGGAACCGUUCCUUGAAUUCCGUUGAUUGUUUGAGGAGAGACAGCGACCAGAUUCAUGGGAACCACAGACGAGCUAGAUCCGUCCUGGCUUUACGCCACCUUCCGGAUUUUGUUCAGCUUGAAGAUGAAAAUUUCUUCAUUCUUAGCUUUGAGAAGGAAAAAUUCGAAGAAACCAGAGAAUCUGGGAUGAGCUUUGGAGAAUCGAAGAGGGAGAGGUCUAGAAGAUGUAAGAAGACAAGAACAAGAAGAGAAAUGCAAGUGCAGCAGAGCAAAACAGAGAGAUUGAUGAUCCGGAUGGACAUGGAGGGGAAAGAAUCAAAGAAGUGGAAGAACAGAAGCAAUAGGACAGAGGAGGAAUUGAGACAAAGCAGAAGUGAGAAGUUUGAAGACAAAGAGAACAAGGGAACCGCAUUGAACGCCGCUUUUGGAUGUGAAAGGCUCCAAGAUUCAGUUGAGAGUUACCAGCGUAGCCGUCGGCCGGGAGAUGAAACUUUGGUUCUGACUGAAGUGAAAUCAGUGAAGGAUAAACGUAAAUGUCUCAAGGAAGAAAAAGACUUGAGCCCUGUUUCGGUUCUUGAUCAUCAUCGGUUCGUUGGCGCUGGAGAAAUGCCAGAAUCAGAGAACGCUUGGAGAAGACGGCUAUCACCGGAACUUGAAGCCAGCGAGGCUGACCCUGAAAUCAGCCCAAAGAGAGGCUGUUACAAAGAGGAGGCGUGGCCUGAAAUAUGCAGAAUCACUGAAACUGAGAUGGAGGGAGGGAAGUGGGAUUUCGGAAGAACGUUGGAGGAGGAAGAAGAAGUAGAAGGAAUAAGAGAAGAUGUGGCCUCCCUUGUAUUGGAUCAGCUUUUACAAGAGACAAUAUCACACUUAGCAGACGCACUGCACUGCAAAUCUUUGUAGAAAACAAAAUGUAACUUCAAAGAGUGCUAAAGAUGAAGGAGAUGGUAGAGGCUCUACCCCUCAGUCAUAAAAUUAUCAUGUAUUAUUCUAAUAGAAUACUUGCUAAAAUGCCAAGGAUACAGUUUAUUUUCUGCUGUUUUGAGGCUUGUAUUCAUGCCUGUUGCAGCAAAUGAAUAUCCACUAUCAAAGAAUUAACAGUUA